AUGACUAAAAUAAUACCGGGUUUACACGUCGGUAGCUUCAUUGAGGCAAAUUAUUUAUUCUCAGCCAAAAAUGAUAGCAAAACCGAUGAUGAUGGAAGGAAAAAGGAUUCUGAGCCGGAUUCCAUUGAUAACGUGAAGGAAGCCGUCAUAACAGUCUGCCAGGACGUUCCAUAUUGGUGCUCAACGCACUGCUCAAAGUCGACUACACAUUUUAGUAUUUUGAACGAAUCUUUAUCGAAACUAUAUCACGACCACGUCAAAAACCCUUACGUGAAUCUUCACUUCGACCUCGUUUACCGGAGGGUCUCUGACGAUGAUGAGUUUGAAGCUGAGCCCACCUACGUCGUCCACUCAAUUAUUGACGCCGACGAUAAGCCCGACGAGACCUUCUUCAUGGCCUUCAAGUUCUCCUAUGAGCUCAUAGACUAUUUUCUCUCCAUUGAAAAGGGCUUCGUCUUGGUCCACUGCAUGCUCGGACUCUGCAGAAGCACUUCCCUUAUAUGCUCCUAUCUGAUGCGGAAGUGGAACAAGAGGUUUAUGGACGUGAAGAGGUACAUGAAGCAGGUUCACCCCAAGACCGCCAUCAGUCACUACUUCGAGUACCAAAUGAUCCUGUACUAUAAAAACGGCUUCAGGAUUGAGGACGAGGGGUUCUUUUACAACCACUACAUGAAGACUCUCGACAACUACCUGAUGAACAGGCACAACUUAAGCUUCAACCUGGACACUGACCCUGACCCGCAGUUCGUCUACUCCUGCAAGGUGUGCAGGGAGACUCUGUUCUGCGACAACAACAUAAUAAGGCACGACGCUGACCCUGGCACUCCCGGCCGCGCCCUUUCCUCUUCCGACGACUGCAACAGUAUUUUCAUCGAGCCCAUGACUUGGAUGAAGGAGCUCGAGUCCCCCAACGGCAAACUGUUUUGCAGCAACUCCAGGUGCAACUCUAAACUCGGCUCAUUUUCUUGGCACGGUCGCAAGUGUUCCUGCGGCCAUCUUCAGGUUCCUGCCUUCCAGGUUCAGUUGUCCAAGGUCGACAGGUUCAACUACAGCGACGGCAGCCACCUCCCCGGCAAGGAUUCCAAUUUACAGGUAAAGUGA